AUGGUGCGGUCGGCAAGCGAGCGAGCGUCCUGGUCCGAGCUAGCCUUCCACUUCUCCGUGCUCGGCGUCACCGCCUUUGGCGGCCCGGCGGCCCACAUCGGCCUGUUUGCCGACCUGUUUGUGCAGAAGAUGGGGUGGAUCACGGCGCGAUCCGCUGCUUCAGCUCCCUCGCCCGCCAACCUGCACUUUGCCUCCCUCCUCGCCCUUGGCCAGUGCCUGCCUGGCCCGACCUCGACGCAGAUGAGCUUCGCGCUCGGCAUGAGCCAGCAGGGUCCGCUCGCCGGCCUUAUGACGGGUCUGCUCUUCCUGAUGCCCGGCGCCCUCACGAUGACCGCCUUUGGGUACGGGGCCAGCUUCCUCGACUCCCUCUCCGUCCCUGGCACGCCGCUGAACUGCGCCGGCGCCGGCCUGUCGGCGGUCGGGGUCGCGAUGAUCGCGGGCGCCUCGCUCGGCCUGUGCCAAAAGCUGUGCACGGACCGGGUCACGUCGACGAUCGCCGGCGUCACGUGCGCCGCGUGCGUCGCGCUGCCGGCCGCGUGGCUCUACCCCGCCGCGCUCGUCGCCGGAGGCGCGCUCACGCUUGCGCUCGCCUCGCUCCCGGCGGGCAGAGGAGGCGCCUCGAGAGAGAGCAAGAGCGAGCUGGCCGAGUCGCUUCGCGCGUCGCUCAGCUCGGCCGACGGCGCGGCGGUGUCGCCCGAGGCGGAGCGCGACGUACCCGAGCCGACCAAGCAGAACUCGCUCACCGGCAUGGGGGAGUCGCGUGGCGUCGGCCGCGUCGCCGGCGGCGGCCUGCUGCUCCUGUUUGCGCUGGUCGUCGCCGGGAGCGUGGCGGCGCAGGAGCUGCCCGCGGUCAAGGGUUUGGUCGAGUGGGCCGCAGCGCCGCCGCAGUCGCAGCCCCCGCUCAUUCGCGGCUUCCUCGGGCUGCCUGAUCUUCCGGCCCUAGGCGGCGGCGGCGAGAGCCGAGCCGAGGGGCCGCCUUCGCCGCCACCGCCCGCGCCCGCCGCCACACUCCUCUACCUCUUUUCACGGCUCGCCAUCAUCGGCGCGCUGGUCUACGGCGGCGGCCCCAUCGUGCUGCCGAUGAUCCAGCUCUCCCUCGUCGACGAGGCGGGCCUGCUGACCGAGCACCAGUUCCUCGCCGGCCUGGGGGUCUCGCAAGCGAUGCCCGGGCCCGCCCUCCAAUGCGGCGGGGGUUCCGCAGGCAGGGCAGGUUCUCAUACGAGCGGUGUGCAUAGGCCAAACUUCAAUAUUGCGGCCUACCUGGGCGCGCAGGCCGCCACGACCGCCGGCGCCGCGCCGCUGCUCGGCUCGCUCGCCUGCUGGCUCGGCAUCUUUACGCCGGGCGUGCUGCUCAUCUUUGGCGUGAUGCCGUUUGCCGAGGCGGUCUGGGCGGCCUCCUGGUAUAAGCGGCUGCUGCCCGGCGUCAACGCUGCGGCGGUCGGCAUCAUCGGUUCGUCCGUCUUUACCAUGUACGCCAAGACGCUCGUCAACUCCCCCUUCCCCGCCUACUCCACCGGCAUCGCCAUCCUCGGCUUUGUCGGCGUGCGCGUCCUGCAGGUCUUGGCGCCGUUCGUCGUCAUCGCAGGCGGCCUCGCUGGAUGGGCGCUCCACUAUGCGCUGAACGUAGAGGUGGGAGGCACCGCCGAGUCAUGA